AUGGUACAUAAGUUCAGUUGUAGAGCUCUCAAAAAGGGUUCGCGGGACGGGUCAGGAGGGGAAAGGGAGGAGGAGGAGGCGGUUGAAGCUGCGAUGAACCGGGGAGUGGGGAAGUGGGAGGAGGGGAGAGUGGGGAUGGAGGUGGGUGGGGUGGCUGAGGGGGGGAAGGAGGAGAGAGAGAGUCCGGGAGGGUGGAGUGCGGUGAUGGGGUUUGUGGGAGAGUGGGGAGAUGGAGAGGAGAGGGAGGAGGAGGAUGAGGAGGUGGAAGAAGAGGAGGAGGAGGAUCGGGAAGGUCUGGUUCUCCUGCUGCUUCCAGAUGCGGAAUUUGAGGGGUUGGGUGCGGUAUUAGUGGAGUUGGAUGCGGUGGGCAGGGAUGGGAGGGGAGAGAAGGAGCGGAUGAGAGGGUAG